AUGGUUGAUUUAGUCCCCAAUAACCUUUUGCCAAUCCGACAUUGCUAUGUCCCCAUCUUUUCGGUUUCCCAGUUGACCUUUUCGCAGCUCAACAGCGUCGCAACGUCGCAGGACGAGAAUUUGGUGACGUCCAAGCUGCAGGCUCCGCCAGAAACGGUGCAGCUGCCGGAGAAUGUGCCGGAGAACGUGCGGCAGAGGCUGACCAACAUGAAGGAUCAGCUAGAUCAGUUUGCCAGUCCCGAAUCUUUGAGCAGCUUUGAUUCAGUCGGCGGUGGCGGAGGGGAUGCGAUGAAGUGGGCUUCAUGGCGGCAUUUGGAGAGCAAAGUUGAAGUGCCGCUGAACGACACCUUGAGCCUCUUCGUGUGCCAAGUCCCCGGUGCGGCCAAUCGCUUUCAGGAAAUGAUGCGCUGCUGGGAUCCGAAGCUGGGAACUGCCCUGCAGGAAUUCCCCGGCGGCUCGAUGGAGGUGACGGAGGAGAACCGGGCCAUUUUUGAAGCUGGAGAUACCAUAUGGCCGGCUUCUGUCAUCAUGGCCCGGUGGUUCUGCAUCCAGCCUCCCGUGGUCCCUUUGGAAGGGCGAAAGGUCCUUGACCUUGGUUGCGGACUUGGCAUUGCCGGCAUCGUGGCCGCGGGCUUGGGUGCUGAAGUGCUGCUGCAAGACCGGGACCCUGCCUGUUUGCGGGCAACCCUCGAAACGGCCGUAAAGUGCGAGGUGGGAAAGAGCAUCACCACACUGCGCUGCGACUACCGGGAACUGCCUGGAAAACUCAUGGAGAAGGAGCCCUUGGCAAAAUUUGCGCAACCCGAUAUCUUUCUGGGCUGCGAUGUGCUCUUGAGUGAGGAAAAUGUCGAAGCAUUGACUAAGAUCCUCCAGAUCUUUCUGCGAAGUCCCACUCAGGUCGCAUAUUUCAUGGAUCCCAACACUCGGCCUCAUCGCAAGAUGUUCAUGCAAUAUUGUGAGAGCAUCGGCCUAGAAACCCGGGAGGCCGCGGAUGUCAUGGGUCGGGAGGAUGAACUCGUGACCUGGGAACCCGAGUGGGACAACUUCUUGGAAUAUGACCGUGAAUGGGUGCCGACCUCAAGGGCCAUGCAGUUUGGGAACUGGAAGAGGUGGAAGUCAUGGCCCAGAAAAACAGUGAAAGUGACUUAUCUUAUGUAA